UCUGCAGGACUUGCCAGGGCCGGAGAGAAGAGGAAAUUUGCUUGGGAAGGAAUGCGAAAGGGGGUUUAGGAUUGGCACUGCCACGAGGAAAAACGAGGAGGUGCGACAUUUUCCGAGCUACGUGGAGAUCCGUUUUUUCUUCCCUUCAAAGGUGUUUGCCUCCCAACCCACCGCCCACCACGGCCCUCACCUGUGUGUUGCGGUGCUUCCCUUGUGAGCCGACCUGGGCUGGCAGUCCCUUCUUGCACCGCCCGCCAACUCCGCCCAUGGUCAGAAUGACACGCUCCAAGACCUUCCAGGCGUACCUGCCGAGCUGCCACCGAACCUACAGCUGCAUCCACUGCCGAGCUCAUCUGGCCAACCACGAUGAGCUCAUCUCCAAGUCGUUCCAGGGCAGCCAAGGCAGAGCCUACCUGUUCAACUCAGUGGUGAACGUCGGGUGUGGUCCUGCAGAGGAGAGAGUUCUCCUCACAGGCCUGCAUGCUGUAGCAGAUAUCUACUGUGAGAACUGCAAGACCACUCUGGGUUGGAAAUACGAACAUGCCUUUGAGAGCAGUCAGAAGUACAAAGAGGGCAAGUUCAUCAUAGAGCUGGCCCACAUGAUCAAGGACAACGGCUGGGACUGAGGGAGGAGCAGCCAGGACACGACCGCACCAGGGGAGAGGGGGGUGGGGGGUGGAUGGAUGGACAAAUGGGGAGGGGGUCGUGUGUGGUGGGUGAGUGUGUGACUUUGGUUUGGCUGAUUUACCAUUAACCUCUGUAACUCUCUGCCCAUCCCUCCCUACCACGCCUCUUGAUACACACAAACACACAUCAAGGUCCCAGACAUCCCAGCUUGACAGAGAGACAGACUAGGCGGGCUUCUACGCAGCUAGCAGGACUAGGUGACGGUGACUGGCCAGCAAGAUGUCUCAUUUUUACCGUUUUGGUUUACUAAAACAUGAUUCGAUAGCUCUUCAAAAGGUGGCAACACUGUCUUGAAGACAUCGCCAUUGUAUGAUUAUUCUACCCUGUCUAACAGUGACAUUAAAACCAGUUGUUAACAGGUCAUUCGGUGGAAAUUUAGCCAGAAGGAUGGCGGUCAGGCUAGCCUGGCGGGGUUCAUUGGCCUCGGUUGAAGAGCUGACGGGCAUUCACUCUGUCCUCAGCUUGAAUGAGAUGACCUAAGAUGAUUAUAGCAAAUCCAGCUGAUCGAGGCCAUGCCAGCUGGGCCGGUGAUGAGGCCUGGCGCUGAGGCUUGGCACGGAGGCCCGAGCACAUGGGCGUUUGGUUGCAGCAAGGGGGUGGGGCGGGUGCAGGGAUUGCUGCCCACCAGGCCUCGCUCUCAGCAUGGUGGGGGGGGGGAGAUCCUGAUCCAGUUAUGCAGUGGCUUUGAUGGCCUCUGGCUGGGAUUCGCUCCAUGUUUUGCCAGCGAUGCAGCUCAGGACGGGCUGAGAGUGAAAGAGAUACAGACAGACAGCCACCAGCUUGUCCUAAAACCUCGCAGGAAUUUGCCCUCGCAGCAGCAAAGCAGCUCCCCUGGGUUUUAUUCAUCCUUUAAUACAACAAGUCGUGUAAAGCGAUCCGCUGAUCCUUCCCGUGUUUGUCUGGUGUCGGCAGAUGCAUCGCUGCGUCUGCCUUUGUUACUUGGCCAGAUAGAAUUACACAACAUAAGCGUGUCUCAGGUGAACAACUUUGGCUGGGAUUCCCAAAGGUUUGCAAGCACUGUGAGCAUCUUUUUUUGGAGGUCGAUAAGCUAAGGUGACGAGGCACUGCUGGCUUGGGGGAGGUAGGGGGAAGUUAGUAAUCAAACACAACCCCUGCUAUCAGGAAAAUAACACUUUUGAAGAAUCUAAACAAAAAGGCCAAAGCAUGACUGGUUUCAUGGGCCAAGGGAAAAUGCAAAGGAAUUAAUGCAGUGUAAAUUAAUACUUUUACUGAAGUUACGAGGUAUAUACAUAACCGCAGAGGUGUAUACUGUAGAUGUAUAAAAGGUAUCACUCUUAGGCUCUCUUUCAGUCUGGGAUGACUGCUGUUUAACUGCUGUUACACUGAUCUUCACUAACUUGCCCUCAGAAAACAUCAGAACAAAUCUACUGGGCAACAUUAUGAAGCAACGCUCUAGAUACUACUUAUUCUUUUGUUCCUUAAAGCUUGGGUAGCAGAAAUGUGGUGAGGGCAAAAAACAGCAGAAUUUGAAAAUAUACCCUCCUCCUGCAGCUCUCUCCUUUCUGUCCCAAGCCCGUCCCACAAGAUAAGCAUGUGCAUAUAUGCACGCUUCAUACGUUAAUCCACUGUUUCCCAUAAACUGAUUUAUUGAAAUCUACUCCUUUUUAGAGUUGCACACAGAGCAUUCACUCAGGCUCUCCUCGUCUUCAUCUCUCUCUUGGUUUAACAGACCAAAACUGAGACAAGUAUUAGCAAGUCACCCCACCGUCCCUUUGCCUCCUUUUCCGCCACUGUGGACUGUUUCCCAGAGAGCAGAAUGGGCAGCAGCUUAGGAGACGGUCCUGUGGUCAACAGCUGAAGCAGCUCAAACUUAAUCAGCGCAAAUCUCCCAGUGCUGGGUGUCGCAGCGGCCAGCGGUGGCACCGGGUCUAACUUGUGUAAAGGCAGCAACAGAAAGUUUUCUGAUGAGUCUGGGCUGUCCAGUCCACUGUAGCUGGGAUUUGCACUGACUGGUUUCAUGGUUGAGCUGCUGCCUGCUCUUCUCUCGGUGAGAUCAGAGUCUGUAGCAGCGGGGAAAGAGACGGAGGACCUGCUGUGAUUUAAGCCUUUUGGUAAAUUUUUGCUUCCAUUUGCAGAAGGCUAAGUUAUGAACAACAUUUUCCCUCAUUUCAUUUAUUGACAGACUGUCUUUGAGCCUCUCUUUUAAAUUUUCAGGGUUGCUUUGCAGUGUAGGCAGUUGUUGCCAAUGCUGGAAAAGCACUUUUUCUGCUUUCAUCAAAGCGAUGUGCACGUGCUUCUGCAUUAGCAGCACAGCCAAUAGGAGCAGAAAUGACCUGUGAUCAGCCAAAGUCGUGGACUUCACAUACUAGAUUGUCUAAACCCUAAAAACAGAGCUAAGAGGAGGUGCCAAAGCAAAGUUUUCUCUCAGAACACUUAUAUCACAAUAUGCUCAGAGUUUAUCAUGGGAUUUUUGCCCAAGCAAUGACACCCAAAUUACACUGCCUACCCCAGCUUUAAUGCACCAACACAUUAUCUUCUUAAGCUUUGCCCCAGUUUUAAUUUGUCUUCACCUCAGUUAUCCUAAAUAUUCCUCAUGCAUCAUGGGACUUUGAGUUACAACAUCUAAAACUGUAAAAUCUGAGGUGAAAUUAACGGGAAGCAUUGCUCAGGUACCUCGAUGCUACCUUUUCUUUGCUGAGGCCGGGAUCCUUUGUAAUGUGCUGGAUAAGUUAAUGGAAAUGUAUAAUUAUCAAAUGAGAGAAUCCAUCCUGUGGAAAUGCAACAUUAAUGCAUGCAUGAAGUAAAACAAGUGUUCUGACCAGUUCUGUGCUCGGUCCCCAUCACAUUUUUGUGAAAGGAACAUUUUGUGUGUAUUAGAGUUGCACUGAAACUUCGUGCUGUAAAACAACAUCAGAUCAGUUUCACCUCAGUCCAUUUGAGCUGCGAGAUUCUUCUUCUUUAGAUUAAAUGUGAUCCUAAUUUUGCCAAGCUCAAUUAGUUGCCCUGUUUGUCACGCAGUUUGUUGCAAACAUUGCUCUAGAAGUUGCCCUGUACAUGGCGAGUGCUGUUUAAAACUCUCCCGUUACAACCAAAACUAAACCGAUAACUUCAGUAACACUCAGCAGUGUUCUGCUCAGUCGGAGGCUGCGACAUUAAACCCAGUACAACCAAAGAACCCACCCAUCAACAAUAAAUUGACCAAACAAAAGAUCUCAUUUUGCUUGGGCAACGUGUUGCAAAACAAGGGGGGGUGUAUAGCUGAAAGCCAAGGUUGUGGAUAGCCUUUCUCUGUGAUAUAUAUAAUGCUUUAUGAUUUUGUAAACAAAAGAUCUUAAUAUAUGAAUAUAUUCUAUUUACUGUAUUCACCACGAGGAUUAACAUUCAUGUCAACCUCUGUGUUACAGACUGUAAAUAGUGUUAAUGUAUUGUGUUUUAUCUAUGAUCCAUACGGUGAUGAAUGAAUAUGAUUUAGGUCAUGUCAUGCUUUCUCUCUGGUACCCCACAUUGGCUGUAUGAUACUACUUUUUUACUGAAAAUGUUUCAAUUUUAAUGUCUUUUGUAAAGGAGGAUGCUGAUGUUGACUAUGUAUCAUUGGAUCUUCAUCUAAUAAAAUGCACCUUGAU